AUGGCUGAGCAGUGGGAAACGCCCCGUACACCGCCCAGCUCUACCGUGCGAUUCGACGAGGCACAGCUGGCCAUGUUCGCGGCCGACAAUGCCGCCCGGAUGGGCAACAGCCUCAAGGACGAACUCACAAUUGCUGCCGGAAAAGUCACCCCCGGCGUCGACGACACUCCAUACAUCCAAUAUGCCCUCGAGGCACUUACACGGGAUAGGAGGAGCGGCUCCACUCAGCACGUUUCCGCACCCACAUCUGGAAGACAGCCAUACCUUUCAGACAUACCCCGGCGAAUACCAGACGAGGAGCUGGCCUUUGCGGCCGUGACUCAACCGCAGCCGGUGUACUACUCGCACAACGUCAAAGAGCAGCGGCACGCCGGCGAGCCACGGGUAGGCCAGAACUUGGCGACAGUGGCCCCGACCGCUCCACCCGCAGAACCCCCAUCGCCACCAACGUCCUCAUUAGACGAUUAUCCGCCAACCUCGGAUCAGUGGAUUGCAGUGGACAAGCUCGCGCUUCAGGCCAUUGACCCUCGGGGACGGACAUAUCCACCACUCACAUACAAGCCACGAAUAUUACGGCCCUUCUCCAUGAUUAUUUUAAUGAUUUCAUGCCUCUUGAUGAUCGCGGCGCUCAUAUUCUCCGACCGAUUUUCGGCCCAGCGCGUCGGGUUGACACCAUAUCCCGGCACCAUUUACUCUGGGCAGUAUUUUGUGUUUCGCAUCCUGCCGCAGUUGCUUGGCGCAGUCAUUCUCAUCUACGCGCAAAGCAUUGUUACGGCGUCUCUUCGAAUUCUCCCCUUUACGACCAUGGCGAAAGAGGAUCCCCGCGAGAGGUACCUCGCGUUGUUUCAAAAUUUAUACCCAACGUCCUUUCUGCGGCCACAGCUGGCUGGCCCGUGGCAGCUGAUGGUUUUUGAUUUGGCAACUUGGGUUGCCAUCUUCACGGUCCCGUUGCAAAGCGUGGCCUUCACAUGUGUUUAUGUAGGAAACGAGUGGAUAUGGACACCGUCCACGGGCGUCGUGUGGGCAUUGGUCGGCCUGUACGCUUUCCUCCUUGUUGCCACCAAUCUCUUGAUGGCAUUUUGGUUCAAGCAGUGGACGGGCCUGAGGUGGGACAUCCGGUCCAUCGCAGACCUCAUUCCCUUGGUGAACCGGACCAACACCCUGAGCAGCUACAAGCAGCGCGCACUCUCUGGACCUGGUGGCAACUUCAAGGCACGGUUAAAUGACAGAUGGUUCGAUCGGCUUGGAUACUGGCAGACAGAGGACACCCUUAGUGGAGGAAUCUGGCACUCCAUCGGAACUUCAGCCGCGUCUCCAGCAAAUGGACCCGAGGUUCAUGACGAGCGAGGCAAGCGAGGGAGCUUCGACGCGUCCAUCGGCUCACACGACCUGCCUAGCCUGGGUAUGGGCAGUGGUGGGUAUCUGCCAUGGUGCUUGCGAGACGCACCCUUGAUCGUGUUUGUCGUCACGACGUGGCUGCUGCUGGUGGCACUGCUGGUCGUCUCCUUUCUGCCGCAAACCCGACUCGAUAGUGGGUUCGCACCCAAGCUCACCGCAAAGCCCGACGAAGCCGCAUUCUCGCCUGCAAACUUUGUCUACGGCUUCAUCCCGUCGCUUCUGGGGAUGUUCCUGUGGCUCCUAUUCCAGAGCUUGGAUCAGUCCCUGCGGAUCGUGCAACCCUGGGGGGACAUGAUCAAGCUGGAGGGAGCCGUCGCGCGGCGAUCCAUCUUGGCAGACUACGCGGCAUGCCUUCCGUUGCAGGCGACCUGGAGAGCGCUCUCCAACGGACACUGGCGAGUAGCGGUGACGUCGCUCAUGGGUGUCUUGUUUGUUUUCAUACCAGUGCUGGCGGGCGGAUUGUUCAUGGCCCUGACUGCCGACGAUGAGUCGGUUCGGAUGUAUCCGAGCAUGCCAGUGUUUGGCGUGUUGCUCGCAUUCCUCAUCCUCUACGUCGUCUGUCUUCUGCUGCUGGUGCCCCGCCGGAGGCAGUUCAUGCUGCCCCACUCAGUCAGUUCGCCGGCUGGCAUCCUGGCUCUCUGCUCUGCCGAUGAGCUCGUUCAGGACGCGGCCUUCCGGGCCGUACGCUCGCACCGCGAUCUCGAGGUGCGUCUGGGCGUUGGGAGAGACGAUCCCCGUGAAGAGAGCGUGUGGUUUUUCGGCCUCCUGCCGGGAAGAGAUGAACAGGGUCUGAGUGUUCGGCGCCUUCGAAGGUUCACGGAAAAAGCAACGCGCUUGGCGAGGGAUGCGGUAUAG